CGGACAAAUGCCACAGCAGGGCCAACAACAGCUACAAUUGGCACUCCCACCAUCCCUACCGCAGCGUGCAGAAACCAAUAACGCUGCAUAUCCCCCGACCAACAGGCCCCUUCAGACGGCUGUUUCAGACAGUCCUGUGACGGCAUCCAUGCCCUUCGUCCAGGGAGGCAACUUUGAGACUACGGGCAUGUCAUUUCCCGGUCCCUUCGAGCAGCAGCGCCCUGCAGGGCAGGCGUCUUCAACAUUUUGUCCUACCCUGCCUGCCAACCCGCCUGUUUCAACUGCCUCGCCCACCUGCUUUCCAGAUUUCUCACAGGUCAGCAGAUCACGAAUUCGCCCCAAAAGAUCACCCUUUACCUUCUCCCAACAACCCAAGUCCUCCAUGGUUCAGCCAGGGUUUCCCGAAUCCGAUCGCCUGAGUACUCCCUUCUCUGGGUCCAUCCCCUCCUCCGCUUCCUCACCGCCUUCCACAGCAGUGACAACUGCUGCCUCCAUAUCUUCCUUUGCCAACGAUAUCGGCCGAAUUCCCUCACAGGGCUUUAACGUCGCCGCUGCCGCCAUACAGGCAAAUUCGCAUUCAUCGUCCUCCUCGCCUCCAGUCGGACUGGAGAACCACCGGGAGCGUUUUGCGCCGCCCCCUCCACCC